AUGCUCCGCCGACACAUCUCCAGCAACGUUGCGAGGUCCCAAGCAGCACCUGCAGCAGCAGCAGCAGCAGCGCAGCCCACCCGCCCGGAGCCAUCGCCUGGAUUCCAAAGAUCUUCGAUCACACCGACACUCUCAAAUCGAUCACAUGAUCCCAACGCCCUUGACGAGUCCUUUGUCGGCAUGUCCGGCGGAGAAAUCUUCCACGAAAUGAUGCUGCGCCACAAGGUCAAACAUGUCUUUGGAUACCCCGGCGGCGCUAUCCUGCCCGUCUUUGACGCCAUCUAUAACUCAAAACACUUUGACUUUAUCCUUCCGCGCCGAGAAGACGGCGCAGGACACAUGGCGGAGGGCUACGCGCGUGUUUCGGGCAAGCCUGGUGUCGUCCUCGUGACUUCCGGGCCAGGCGCUACCAACGUUGUCACGCCCAUGCAGGAUGCCAUGUCCGACGGCACCCCUCUCGUUGUCUUCUGCGGUCAGGUUGCCACCUCUGCCAUCGGCUCAGAUGCGUUCCAGGAGGCAGACGUCAUCGGCAUCUCACGCAGUUGCACCAAGUGGAACGUCAUGGUCAAAGACAUUGCAGAGCUCCCGCGAAGGAUCAACGAGGCGUUCAAGAUUGCAACCUCUGGCAGGCCCGGGCCCGUCCUCGUCGAUCUGCCCAAAGAUGUCACUGCUGGCAUCCUUCGACAAGCGCUGCCAUACAGCAGCACGCAACCCAACAUGAGCUCCAUCCCCUCGCGAGCGGCUGCGCGGCCCCGAUCCAGAUACGCGGUGAACCGGUUCUCCAAUUCUUCUGCGUCAACUUCUUCGUCUGCCUUGUCCGAGGAAGACACGCCAGAGAUGCUCGAGGCGGCACGCCUGAUCAACAUUGCCAAGCGACCCGUCAUCUACGCUGGCCAAGGAAUCCUGUCCUCGCCCGAAGGGCCAGCGAUGCUUAAGAGACUGGCCAAGGGCGCCAGUAUUCCCGUCACUACGACGCUGCAGGGUCUGGGCGCCUUUGAUGAGCUGGACGAACUGAGUCUGCACAUGCUCGGCAUGCACGGCAGCGCGUACGCGAAUCUGGCGAUGCAAAACGCGGACCUUAUCAUCGCGCUUGGCGCACGCUUCGACGACCGUGUCACGGGGCGCGUGGACAAGUUUGCACCGCAAGCGCGCGCGGCGGCACUAGAGGGCCGUGGCGGGAUCGUGCACUUUGAGAUCAUGCCGAAGAACAUCAACAAGGUCGUGCAGGCGACGUGCGCCAUCGAGGGCGACGUCAUCGAGAACCUCGGCCGUGUGCUGAAGCACGUCGACCCAGCCAGCAAGAGCGCGCGCAAGGAGUGGCAUGCGACGAUCCGCGAGUGGAAGGAAAGAUUCCCGUUCACUUUCGUGCCAAGCAAGCCUGACAAGGGGGAGCUGAUGAAGCCGCAGGAGGUGAUCGAGGAAAUGGACCGCGUCGUGACGAACCUCGGCAAGAAGAAGGACACGAUCAUCGCCACCGGCGUCGGCCAGCACCAGAUGUGGGCCGCGCAGCACUACCGCUGGACGCAGCCGCGCUCGUGGGUUUCCUCGGGCGGCCUCGGCACGAUGGGCUACGGCGUGCCGGCCGCCAUCGGUGCCAAAGUCGCUGCCCCCGAGAAGGUCGUCAUUGACGUCGACGGCGACGCAUCCUUCUCCAUGACCGCCAUGGAGCUCGCGACGGCCUCACAGUUCAACAUCGGUGUCAAGAUCCUCGUUCUUAAUAACGAGUUCCAGGGGAUGGUCCUGCAGUGGCAAGACCUCUUCUACGACCAGCGCUACAGCCACACCGCGAUGACUAACCCGAAUUUUGUCAAGCUGGCCGAGUCGAUGGGCGUCAAGGCGAUCCGAUGCGACACGCUGGACGAGCUGCCAGCCAAGAUGAAGGAAUUCAUCGAGUACCGCGGCGACCGUCCGAUUCUGUUCGAGGCACGCGUCGUCAAGAACGAGCAUGUCUUCCCCAUGGUCGCAGCGGGCAAGGCGCUGCAUGAGCAGCUGGUGCAUCCAGUGAGUUUCAGUUCCAAACAUGGCUUUAUUGUAGGUGUGUGCUAUAGGGAUUUGUGUUGCUGA